GCAUCUCUUUGGACCCAUGACAAUGAAAAUGAUACUAACCUAGCAAAAUAUUGGGCCACUAAUAGCUGAUUGUAGCCCAACAUUUUAAUGACCUGGUCAUCGCAUGUUUUCGUUUUCCUGGUUUCGGAUGGCUCCUCCUUCCAGAAAUCAAUCGCACCUACGUUUCAACAGUACUUCCUGCUUAGUACUUCCCUUCCAGGCUUCCACUCUCACACUCACACUAUUCUCGGCUCUGAAGCGGAAUUCCCCUCUAGCUCUCUCACUACCACUCCCUCAUCCUCAGCGAUGAGAUGGCUAUUCAUGGAAGGGAAGUUCUGAAAGGUGGAAUUCUAAUUACACUUUCAUGCUUGUUGGUUACUUUUUUUGCUUUGCUUUGCUUUGUUUUCUCUUGUUUAGAGCGCUGGCAUGCUAAUGAACUCAGUUUUAAGGUCCUCUGUUGUAAUUCUCCCGAAUAUAUACCUGCUGCAGUUACUAUGCCCAUCGCUUCUAUAAGAUUCUGGCUUUUAUUAAUUUGAGCUCAGACUGGGAAAUGGGAAUCGCACUUGGAUUGCUUCUAUAUUAGAAACCGGCUUCAAUAUCACAGCCCUUGUUGAUAAGAAGACUUUUACAGUUUACUACAACAGCAACAACAAGCGUUAUUGCACUAGGUGAUUUGCCAAUAAAAGAAAAAAAACUACAAUAAUGGCACAAAACUUGGAUCGUUUGAAAGAUGUGAUGCCUGACAUUCUUUCAAGGUUGCUGGUGAAAUCCUUAAGGCGAUUUGCAUGCGUUAAUAAAUCUUGGUGCCACCUUAUCAAAAGCCCAGACUUUAUCUCCAAACACCUUUGCGCCUUCAAUAACCACAUUAAUUUGACAGAUCCUUUUAAUCUCCUUGUUAGCCAUGCUAUUAGUGUUCUUUCUAGUCUUUCUGGCCAUGCUAAACAUCCUUUCCUUUCUGUCGUCCAUCUCCUCUCUUUCAACCCAGCCACCAACACAAUCUCUCACAAUCUAUCUGACUUAAUCUAUAACCACGAUGAUGGAAUUUUUCCGUUUGGAUAUUUUGGGUCCUUGCAAUGGUUUAUACUGCCUUAAUAGCUCUCCCAUUCGAAUUGUCAACCCAUCCAUGAGGGAGUUCAAAACGCUUCCAGAUACUCCCAAUCCACUCGAAACUUACUAUUUGACAGACUAUCUUGGGUUUUGAUUCGAUCCCAAACUGAUGAUUACAAGGUGGUCAUGAUUAUGGACACGUGGCAACGGGAAACAGAUGAACCAUUGCCUUGGCGUGUUGAGAUAUGUUCUCUGAGCACUGAUUGUUGGAGGAGUGUUGAUUGCCCUCUGCCACCUGUUCACAUCCGGAGUAGCUCUUGGAUGGAUACUUUUGUUCAUGGAGCAUCUCACUGGUCGGCCAUUGAUGCUGCUAGUCAUUUAGACAUAGUUCUUGCAUUUGACAUGCUGAAUGAAGCAUUCCGAAUAAUCAGGCUGCCAAAGGUUUGGCCUUCUGAGCGUGUAUAUGAUGUUAUUGUUACCAAGUUCAGGGAAUCUCUUGCUGUGAUUGUAUAUCCUAGUAGUGGAACUGAGAAGUGCUUUGAUUUGUGGGUGAUGGAAGAUUAUGACAAACAAGGCUCUUGGACCAAGUACUCCACUAUUGGACCCAUUGUAGGAGUAAAUCGGCCAUUGGGACUCUUUGGCAAAAAAGGCCUAUAUCUUUUUGAAGAUAACGAUGGGUGGAUGGUAUUUUAUGAUCUCCAAACUGAAGAAAUGAGACACUGAAUUUCAUGGAGAGGAAGAUUCCUUACAGGCUGCUGUGUACUUGGAGAGCCUAGUUCCACUAUGAAGAGAUGAUGAAAGCUCCAAAUCAGCAAUGUUUUCCUUUGGUAAUACUCUUUGCCCUCUCUUUUGCUGGCAAUUCACUUAUUCAGGGUGAAAGUAAUGUUUUCCUUGAUGGUGUUAGUUGCUGAGCUGCUUCUUUUGCCUUUUCUAGUUACCGCAAGUUGUCAUGUAAUGCAAGUGAAGGCGUGUUAUUUCUUGAUCCCCCCCCCCCAACUCAUACUAAUUUUCAAUUUAGGCACCAUAGUUCUUUUUUUUUUUUUUCCAUAUCACCUCCUGAUGCCAUAUAGUGUAAAACCAACUCCUUCGUUAAUCCAGAUAAGAAAAUGUAGUCAAUAUUUUGCUGAUACGCUGAAUGCUUUGCUAACACGCAACACACGAAUAUUUACUUUGCAAUUUUUGUCAUAAGUAAGCCAUGCUGCAUGAUUGAUGGAAUGGUCUUGUCCUUUGCGUGCAACACAGGUUCAGAAAGCAGGGCCUUGUGAAAUAGCAUUGUUCGUUGAACAGAAUGGCCACGCUGGAUAGAAUAGUAUGCGCGGGUGUUGUGUUUCUUCAAGUGGCAAAUGUAAAGGUGCAGAGAAAUGGCAAGCAAAUAUGAAAAUGGUGAGUUCAUGGAGUUUAAGGUUAGACCUGAUGGCAAACUUCGCUAGAGUAGGGACAUAGAAGUCCUUUCUCAGCUUUCUUUUUCACCCACACUAGCGGAGAACUACUUGAUUGCCCCCCAUCAUUACUUUCAUCCUGUGUUUCAGAUGAUCAGAGAACUAAAGAAGAAAGCCUUGGGACCUAGUGUAAUAUUAAUUCACAGAUUACAACAUUAGAUGUAAAUGGACAGAAAAGCGGAGGGAUGACCCUGAAUUCUCAAGAGAAGCAUUCAGAGCCCGUCACUUAUUAUCAUAUUACAGGAAAAUCUACUAGUAGACUCAACAUCACAAAUACUCUGGAUAUUAAAUCAACUUAGCAAGUUGAUGAUUGAUUACUUUACUUAAGAAUGACUGGGAUAAUACUGAGGGCUCAGCAAUGAGGUGGGUGAGGAAGGUUGCACUUGGCAGGGAGCUGCAAGGCAAGGUUUGGAUCAAUGCCAAGAGAAGGCAAGAGCUUGGAGUUCCUAUAGGAGCAAAGGCAACGCAUGUCAGCACGAGAGAGUGCGGAGCAGCAAUCUCCAGAUGGAGUGGCUGGGUUUGGAGGCGUCACUGAUGGCUUGCACGCCAUUAGACCACUGAUCGGGACGUUGCAUAUGGUUUGGCCAUUGAUGCUUGAAGCUGCAACUGUGAGCAACACUACCACCAGAGCCAAAGCUCUCACUCUCCUCUCUUCUAACCCCAUCUCUUCUCUUCACACAAGUAUGCUUCUCUUCUCCCUUGGUUUAUGGAUUUUUGGGGAGGGGGUGCUUAUGGAUUUAUAGUGGGUGGAGAAUUGAAAUGAUCACAGACAAACGUCAAUUUUCUAAAACGACAUUGAUAUGGAAUGUUUUGUUUGAUUCCUCACCUAUUUUUUCAUGUUCGUGUUGUCUUUAUGAAUUUGAAUUUAGACUGCAAUUGGAAAAAGAAAAUGGCUCGCUUUGCCUGUGAGUGGAAGGAGGAGCAACUACUGCACUAUCACGGGUAUGGGAUAUGUGGCUGCCCGCUGUCCUGCAAAAGUGGAGGCUUUAAAUUUAAUCAUUUCUCUUUACGUUCAUCAAA